AUGGCACUUGACGGUGUCAAAAACAUCGUGUUGGUUUUAUCCGGCAAAGGCGGCGUCGGCAAAUCAUCCGUAACUUUACAACUUGCUCUAGCCCUAACCCUUCAGGGCCGGUCUGUGGGCAUUCUUGACGUCGACCUGACAGGGCCUUCAAUGCCACGCUUAGUUGGAAAGGAAGAUGCAAAAAUUACACAAGGGUCCGGCGGCUGGACGCCGGUUUUAGUGCAUCCUGCAUUCGCAGCUUCCUCUGCCAAUUCCUCCGUACCAUCUCCACCUCCUCAGUCGUCCACCUCCACCGCUACGGGAACCGGCGGACCAACCGGUACAGGUACAGAUAAAAGAACAGCUACUAUUACUACUACUGCUGCUGCUGCUGCUGCUGCUGCUACCACGCCACAGCCUUCUGCGACACUGCCGGAUACAAAUACAGAUCCGGAUCCAGAUACAGAUACUCAACCCAAUACCCAACCCCAGCUACAAAAUGGCCAAAAACGCCCAACCGACACCGCACCCCGCGGCUCCCUCCGCUGCAUGUCCCUUGGCUUCCUCCUCCGCGACCGCGGCGACGCUGUAAUCUGGCGCGGCCCCAAAAAGACCGCAAUGAUCCGCCAAUUCCUCACAGAUGUCCUAUGGGGCGAAACCGACUACCUACUCGUCGACACCCCGCCAGGAACCAGCGACGAGCACAUUGCGCUCGCAGAGCAAUUGCUCACACUUGCGACCACUACACGCCCAGGAACAGCAACAAGCCAUGAUGCCACAUCUACCCAGCAGCAGCAACAAGAACAACAGCAGCAGCAGCAAAGGAAGAAACCCCUCCUGGCCGGCGCUGUCCUCGUCACGACCCCACAGGCCAUCUCGACAGCAGACGUGCGCAAGGAACUCAAUUUCUGCGCCAAGACGUGUAUCCCCGUCAUUGGCGUUGUUGAGAAUAUGUCUGGGUACUCAUGUCCGUGCUGCGGGGAGAUAGAAAAAGGGAAACAGAUUUGA